CCUAAUUUGUUUGUUUAAAUUCAGCCCAAAUAAAUUGUUUACAAGCACUUAACUUAAAAAUUAAUGUUGUAAAUCCACAGUACAUCUUUGAAUAUUGUUUUUCUUUGUAUUUCCUCUCAAAUGACUGUGGAAAAGUGUGUACUACAAUCGUUUCCCUUUUAACAGAUGAGCUGAAAGAAAAGAGGAAGAAAAAGAGCCGGCUGGCGUCGUUCUUCAGAGCGUGCAGAAAACACAUGAAAAUCUCUUGCCUCACGUCCAACAAAGAGAUGGAGGAUGAAGAGGAGGAAGAGCAGAAAGAGCUCCCAAACUCUCCAGACAAGGGCACUGAUGAUGACUCUCUGUGCUGCUCCACGUUUGAGAACUGUCUGGAUGUGAAUUCUGUCAUCAUUCAUGAAAUACGCUCUGUUAAGGACGAGAUGGACGUCAGUAAAGGAGAAAUCCCACUGACACACACUGACUUAUCCUGCGGAGAACAAGAGGAGGAGAAGGAGGACAGGAUUAUGGAGGAGGAGGUGAAAGACAAGAAAAAGAGAAGGAGAAGGAAGAAAGUGGAGAAGGUGGAGGAGCCAGUGAUUGAGAAGGAGGAGGAAAAGAUUAAAGAGGAGGAUGGAGGGAAAGAGAGAAAGAUAAAAGAGGAGGAAACAAAUGAGACAAUGAUGGAGAAGGAGGUGGACAAGACUGAGGAGGAGGAGGAUGGAAGGAAAAAGAGAAAGAGAAGGAUGAAAGAGGAGAAAAAGGAGCGAAGGAGCAGGAGGAAAGAGGAGAAGGAGAGGAGCAGGAUGAAAGAGGAGAAGGAAAGUGAGGAGGAUGAGGAGGACAUUGAGAUGAUGGACUUGAAAGAGGAGAUAAAGGAGGAGGAGGAGGUGAAGAAGAGAAACAGAAAGAGGAAAAUCAGCAGCAGGAUGAGCAGGAGAAUGAUGAGAAGGAGAAAUAAGAGGAGGAGAAUGAGAGGAUGA